UUUUAAUUUAAUUACUCCCACUUCCCCCAUUAAUUUCAAACUUCCAUUUUUCUUCUCUCUCCUUUAAAGUUAACGUUCUGUGACUCUUGCUGUCUUUAAUUCUUCCACAUUACUCUUAUGCUUCCUCCAUUUUUUGCUUAAUUCUGGAAUUUCUCAUCCAUGAAAGCCUGAAAUUCUUCAUUUCUACAGAUUUCUUGAUCAAUUGGGCUAAAUCAAAGACAUGCUUAGACAAAAGGGUGCAGAAGGGCCUCAAAAGCCAUCCCCAACAAGGGCACGAGCACCUCGACAUUUAAGAACCUCUAGCUCCAAUUCUGAUCCGCUCCACCACCGCCCCAUGACUGAUAAAAGUCCGAGGAUUGGUACACAAUCAGACCCACCAGCACACAAGAAAAAGCUUGGCACGCGUAUUACAGAUCUCGAAACACAACUAGUGCAAGCACAACAUGAACUCAAGAGUCUGAAACAUCAGUUAUCUUCUGCUGAGACUGCAAAGAAGCAAGCACAAGCCGAGUUACAUAAGAAAGGCAGCAAGAUUCAGACUGUGACGAAGCCUAGAAGUGUCGUAGAAAUUCGAAAGAAAGUCUCUAGGGGCGAGUGUGAUUAUGAAGUGCCUGUGAGUCGAGAAACAGAUGUUUUUGAGGUUUUGGUGGAGAAAAAGCUGGUUGAGGAUGAUGUGAAGGAGAUGAAGUCACAAGAUUCUUUGAUAUCAGAAGAACCCGAAAAGGAAAAGGUUUCGUUGUGUGAUGAGGCAGUGUCGAGGAAUGAAGAGUUGGAUCGAUUGAGAGCUUUGAUAGAUGAGAAAGAGAACCAAAUGAGGGGUGUGAUUGAAGAGAAUGACACCCUUAAGAAAGAACUAGACGAAGCAAAAUCGAGCAUAGCAUUGGAUCGUACGAGGGAAGAAGAGAUGGCAGCAAAAGUGAAGCGACUAGAGGAAAAUUUAGAAGUUAGUCGAGCGAAAGAAGGUCAGUUGAAGGAGAAGUUGGUUGAUACCGAAGCAGCAAAGGAGUUGUUGGAGGACGAGAUGAAAAGGAUGAAAGUGCAAACUGAGCAAUGGAGAAAAGCGGCUGAUGCAGCCGCUUCAGUACUUGCUGGUGGGGUGGACACGAAAGGGCGUAUGUCAGAGAGAUGUGCUUCCAUGGAUAAUCACUUCAAUAGCAUAUUUGAGGCGCCACCCAUUAGUGGAUUUGGUGGGUAUGUUGGAUCACUAGAUGAUGAUGAUGAUGCAGAGGACAGUUUUGGGGGUGGGAAAAAGAAAGGUUCUGGGAUUAGGAUGCUGGGUGACUUGUGGAAAAAGAAGGGCCAAAAAUGAGUGGUUUGCUAAUGUUUUCUAUGGAGUAAAAUGGUUGCUUACCAUUUGCCUAGCCUAGUGCUUGUUUGUUGUUAGUUGUUACUUGUUGCAGUCUAGUAUCACAUGAUCUGCUAAUUUUCUCGCGAAUUAGAAUUCAAAAAGCGAGUUAGCUAGCGAAUUAUGUUACAAUGUUACAGUCUAAAAUUACUAUCAGAACGAGAUUUGACUGGGAUGGCGUACCA